CUAGACUCGUCUCAGCCCACCGGACCGGAGCCUGGAGGACGUAUAUAGGACAGCCACCUCGGCUUUCAGCCAAUGCCACGUGGGCACUAGAAGGGAUAUGCUCAAAACUUCCUGGUGACGUGUACGUUUAACCGAAACCUCCCCUAUAAAACCCCUCCGACGACCCCUACCCGCUCUUUCAUCUAUCUUCAUCUAUGAUCUAUCCGACUAUCCCUCGUUUUCUAGUUCAGUUUCUUUCUUUUAUUCCAAUCAAUUGAAAGAGAGAAGGGGCUAAUCCGAGGCGGAAGCGAUUUCCGGAUCUGCAGCUUGCUAGAAUCUAGGGUUUCUAGCAGGGGUUUGUCCAACUCUACUUGUCUUCGAUCGACUUUCUUUUUUGCUGUUGGUCGCUCGUCAUCCAAGUGCUUCUCCUGUCUUGGCUCGAGAUCCGGGCCAAGGCCACAAGCAUUAGUCCACAAAGAUCUCUGCAACUUCAAUGUCGGAUUAGGGUUUUGAGUCACCGCUUUUGUCCGCUUGAAGUGCAGAGGUUCUUGUUACUUGCUGUUUCCUUUUUUAUGCUUGUAUACCUAUUCGAGGUAAAGCUCAUAAGUAAAUGGCUUCAAACGAGGGAUUUCUGACCAAUGAGCAGAGGGAAUUGUUGAGACAAGCGUCUUUGAAUUCAGAGAUCCUGUCUUCGUCACCGAAAUCUCCUACAUCAUUGCUUCCUGAACAUCACAUAAAAGUUUCAACUGGUGGGAGAGCUCCUACGGGUGGCAUUGCUGUCAGGCAUGUGCGCCGGUCACACUCUGGCAAGCUUGUGCGCGUGAAGAAGGAUGGUGCUGGUGGCAAAGGCACAUGGGGUAAAUUGCUUGACACUGAUGGUGGCUCAUGUGUUGAUCGGAAUGAUCCAAACUAUGACAGUGGCGAGGAACCAUAUCAGCUUGUGGGUUCUACGAUAUCUGAUCCCUUUGAUGAAUAUAAGAAAGCUGUGGUUUCCAUGAUAGAGGAAUACUUCAGCACAGGUGAUGUGGAGUUGGCAGCAUCUGACCUCAGAGAACUAGGAUCAACUGAGUAUCAUCACUACUUUGUCAAGAAACUUGUCUCCAUGGCCAUGGACAGGCACGAUAAGGAGAAGGAAAUGGCUUCAGUUCUACUCUCAGCUCUCUAUGCUGAUGUGAUCAGCUCAGCUCAGAUCAGUUGGGGAUUCAUGAUGCUUCUUGAAUCUGCUGAUGACCUGGCACUUGACAUACUUGAUGCAGUUGAUAUUCUAGCACUGUUCAUUGCACGUGCGGUGGUUGAUGAUAUCCUCCCUCCAGCUUUCCUGACAAAAGCAACGAAAACUCUCUCAGAAUCCUCAAAAGGACUUCAGGUCAUACAAACUGCUGAGAAGAGCUAUCUUUCAGCUCCUCACCAUGCCGAACUUGUGGAACGACGAUGGGGUGGCAGCACCCACAUUACAGUUGAGGAGGUCAAGAGAAAGAUAGCAGAUUUAUUGAGGGAAUAUGUUGAGAGUGGUGAUACUGCUGAGGCCUGCAGGUGUAUAAGGGAGUUGGGGGUAAGUUUCUUCCAUCAUGAAGUUGUUAAAAGAGCUCUAAUCCUUGCGAUGGAAAUCCAAACAUCAGAGGCACAUAUAUUGAAACUGUUAAAAGAAGCAGCAGAAGAGGGCCUAAUAAGUUCUAGUCAGAUGGCUAAGGGAUUUGGUCGGCUUGCAGAGAGUCUUGAUGACCUUUCACUAGACAUACCAUCUGCAAAAACCUUGUUCCAAUCGCUGGUCCCGAAGGCAAUCUCCGAGGGAUGGCUGGACCCUUUGUUUCUCAAACCAACAGGUGAGGAUGGUGAGUUUGGAGAAGAAGACAAAAAAGUGAGAAGCUUCAAGGAAGAGGCUGUGGCAAUCAUUCAUGAAUAUUUUCUCUCAGAUGACAUUCCUGAACUCAUCAGAAGCCUUGAAGAUCUAGCAGCUCCGGAGUUCAACCCAAUUUUCCUUAAGAAGCUGAUCACUCUUGCCAUGGACAGGAAAAACAGGGAGAAAGAAAUGGCAUCUGUUCUACUUUCAGCACUUCAUACUGAGGUCUUCUCAACUGAUGACAUAGUUAAUGGGUUUGUCAUGCUUCUGGAGUCUGCGGAAGAUACUGCACUUGACAUAUUGGAUGCCUCAAAUGAGCUUGCACUUUUCUUAGCCAGGGCAGUUAUCGAUGAUGUCCUGGUCCCUCUAAAUUUGGAGGAGAUUAGCAGCAAACUGCCACCUAAUUGCAGUGGGAGUGAGACUGUUCACAUGGCUCGCUCACUUCUUGCUGCUCGCCAUGCAGGUGAGAGGAUCUUAAGAUGCUGGGGAGGGGGCACUGGUUGGGCCGUUGAAGAUGCCAAGGACAAGAUAACAAAGCUUCUGGAGGAGUAUGAAAGUGGGGGUGUGGUUAGUGAAGCUUGCCAAUGCAUCCGGGACCUUGGGAUGCCAUUCUUCAACCAUGAGGUGGUGAAGAAGGCACUGGUUAUGGCUAUGGAGAAGAAAAAUGACAGGAUAUUGGAUCUGUUGCAGGAGUGCUUCGGGGAAGGAUUGAUCACCAUAAACCAGAUGAAUAAGGGCUUUGUCAGGAUUAGGGACGGGCUUGAUGAUCUGGCACUUGACAUUCCAAAUGCCGAGGAGAAGUUCAGGUUCUAUGUAGAACAUGCCAAGAGGAAUGGAUGGCUACUGCCAUCCUUUGAGUUAUCUGGUGUAGAUGCUGCUCCUUCAUACCCUGCUACUGUUGCUUGAGAAACCAGAAGUGAAGAAAGAUGUGCUUGUUAGUGUACUUUUAAGAUGUGGAUAGGAAUGGGAGGGGUGGCUUUCUUCUGAUGGUGUUUUUCUUAGUUGCCUGAUGGAGAGAGAGGCCUUUUAAUUUUUUGAAUUGAUCCCAGCUCAUGUAUAGAGAUUGGUCUUGGCUCCUUUUAUGCAGGUUUAGAUUCACUUUGCAUCAACUAAUAGAAUCAAGCUAGAGAUGCUAUUAAGAUAUAGUGCCUGGUGGAUGUACUUGUUCAGGUUGUUCUACAGCAGCUCAUAUGGUUAGCUUUGAUAGUGACAUCUCAUGUGUAGUUGGUUAUGACGAGGAUUAUCCUGUCAUGACAACCGCAGCAAGCAUUGAAUGAUACAUUCUUCGCUUUUCUGUUUUCUUUCUUGCUCAGUUUUUUAGCUCAGCCACAUGAAGCUACUAGGUGUUGGCAGCAAGUAAAGAUUACUUAUCAGCUAUAUAUGACACAGUACAUCUCUUGGGCCACGAAUGACUAUGUACAGGCUUCCUGGAGACCUCUGUAAUGAGUAGUAUUAAUGCAUGAUGGUGCACUGUGCAAUUCUUCA